AAGAUUUUAGAGAUAAACCCAUAUCAUCCAUUAAUCCUGGGAUUUUUGGACAAAGUUGAAAACGAUAAGGCAGACGAUGCAAUGAAAGAGAUGGUUGAAGUAUUGUAUUUGGCAACAUUAAUUCGUUCUGGAUAUAUGCUUGAAAAUACCCAAAAGUUCGCCUCACUAAUCGAAAAAGUUCUUCGACAUAAUUUGGGCGUGGAUCCCAACGCUGAGGCCAUCAGCUGCGCCAUCAAAGCAAGCAACGAACUCGUAAAGAAUUUACACCGCGAUGGGUUGGAUCGCGGGAUCAUUGCAACGUUCAACACAUCCAUGGUGGUUAGGCAGGCCUUUACCAAAGAUGAAGCAUCACUUCAUCGUUCCCUUAACAGAUUAACAAAUGUCGCCAGCG